UCCCAGACCAACCGUGCAUCAAGCGAACACUUUACCACUGGACUACGUCCCGCCCAUGAAAAAAAUCCUUUUUGUUAUAUUCAUGCAAAUUUAAAUAUAUUUAGUUAAAUAGUUUAUUAUACUAUCAAGUCAGGUUGAUGAAAUCGAAGCGCUUUGUUGUAAAUUAGAGCGUUUGUUUACACUGUGCAUACAGGAGUUGGUCUGAGCUGACGUCACUUUUCCCCAAGCUGUAGCCCCAAGCUGAUGCCCCAAAAACGAAACAAAAUGGCUGCCCCAAGUUAGCAGGAAUAAUCAUGUUUUUUUAAAUAUAUAAACUCUAAAAUUACGCGUUUUUCAUUUGUUAAAGUGUUAGUAGGGCCUAUGUGUUGGUUGUCCGGGUAUGCAUCUUAAAAAUCAUCAUCUUUCCAACACAUAACGCUCUUGUUUGAGUUGACUGUCCCUUUACUGUGCGUCCUGCACUACUGCCAAAUGUGACUGUCAGAAACAGCAGGCCCACAGAAACCGGGGAGCCACUCCAGCCUCAUUCGAGGACGAAAAUGAUAAUCUACUCUUAUUAAAUCCCUUUUACUGGUACAAAUGUAACUCGCCCGAUGUGCACCAUCAAAGAGGAGAUAAUUCAAUGGAAUUUGUUCACUGUAUCUAACUUGAGAGUGCUAAUGUAGAACAAGCUGAUGUUUGGCUGUAAAGAAUGGAUGACAUCCAGACUGAGGCAAUCCGCCGGUCAAGAGUUUUUUUAGUGAAGACAUUGAUCCUCGAUGUUUUGUGGGAUUAUCUGCUUGAAAAAGGAAUAUUCAAUGAUGAAAUGAAAGAACGUAUCCAGUGUGCUUCUACUCCAAGUGAGAGUAAGCGGAGAUUGAUAUCUGACCUACUGCGAAGACCUAGAGAAGCAUAUGAAGACUUUCUAACAUGUCUGGAUUUAGCUGAUCACAAACAUUGUGCUGACAAGAUCAGAGAGAAUGAGUACCAAGUGAGGCGGGAGCAGGGCUGCCUGUCUGGUGUCCCUGACAACACGCCACAUAACGAGGUGCCAGCACUGUCAUCCUAUUGUCCACCACAAGUGAAUUUAGCAUUGACUCAGGAAGCAACGAGUGACGUAGAUAUGUCUGAUCGCAGCAACACAACACCAUAUAUCUGUAGUCCAACUCCUGACACUGACUGUAAUCCCUCGGAUGGUAUCAGUGCUUAUGCUUUAAACAGACGUGUUUCUAGCAAUAAAGUUUAUGAAAUGGAAUCUAAACCGAGAGGUUAUGUAUACAUGAUCAACAAUCACCAGUUUGAUAACUUUGAUGCUCGAAAUGGAACCCAGAUAGACUGCAGAAAACUAGAAAAGUUGUUCUCACAACUUGGAUAUUUCGUAUCCACUGACCGUGACUUAAAAGCAGAGGAGAUGAAAAGACGUUUAAAAGAAUUCGCCAAGUUUCCAGAAAACCUAAAAGUCGAUUCCUUGAUAGUUGUCAUUCUGUCUCACGGAGAGCAGGAUGAUAUUAUAUUUGGCACGGAUGGUGAAUCUACAAACAGGGGAUUUAAAAAAUACCUUACCAUCAAACAUCUCAAGAGCUGGUUCGGCAAUAGGCGGUGUCCAGAAUUGGAGGGAAAGCCAAAAUUGUUUCUCAUUCAGGCUUGCCGUGGCCAGUCCGAGGACAUAGGCAGCGCAUCGGCUUCUGUCGGUAGCAGUGUACAAAGAGAUGUCGUUGACUUUCCUGCUGACACCACUGCUGAUAUUAUGAAUGAGAGUUCCCUUCCAGAACAGAGUGAUAUGAUAUUUGCACAUUCGUCUGUACCAGGAUAUGUGUCAUACCGUGACCCGGAACAAGGAAGUGUGUUCAUCAAUGCGUUGGUUAAUGUCUUCACCGAGGAAAGUCAUAGAGAACACUUAGCUGAUAUGCUUACUAUGGUCAACAAGAAAAUUGUGGAUGAGUUUCAUACGCCAGAGGGCUUGAAGUGUUUAUCAUCGCCUGUCAAUCAACUCACUAAGAAGUGGUUCUUCAACCUUGACCAAGCUCCCGAGGAGUGGAAUAAACCAUAAAAAAAUUUGGUCAUUUUAAUUGGUUCACUGAAUUCACCAUAUUAAUGACCUCUAAAUCAUUGGACUUUCUUUGGCAACCAUGUUAUGUGUAUCAUAUAAGACUUUUAAACUUUUAACUUUUUAUGAUAUGAGCUAUCAAGAUAUGAUUCUAAGAUACAUAGAUGUGCCUGUAGAAUUAUAGAAAAUGGAUUACCUUAUACUUACACCACUGGCCGUGUUUGUUGAAUUCAUUAUGUCCAUGUACAUAUCUGUAUGACAGUAAUCACUUUUAUUACCCAGCGGUCACUCAUAACAGAAAUACUUCGUCAUAUUUUCUCAGUGAGAAAUAUUCUGCAUUGGUGUAACAUACAAUACUAUUGUUCGAAUUGACACUUACAAACCAAUUGAUGACCUUUUUAGACUUAAAUUUGUAAUAAAAUGUUAUUUUAAUACAAUUCAUUACAGAUUUUUUAACAGCAUACAUGUAUAUAGAACUUUUGUUUUUGAAAAUUAUCUAUGAAUGCGAUUAAAAUAAAAAGUAAUAGAAAUACUCUGAACAGUGUGUAAAGUGGUUUACAUCCUUUCUAUGCAUGUAUGUUUAUGUAUAUUGAAAAUGAAGUCUAUUAGAGAAAACAAUAGCUGGGGUAAAUAGAAUAACAAACUUGGUACCAGUUGUCAUCACAUUUAUGUCCCUCGUGAAAUAAUUUUCAUUUGUCACUUGCUAAAGCUUGUGACAAGUGAACAUUAUUUCACUCGGGACAUAAAUUU